UCAACCCGAAUAAGCCUCUACCGUCCCCGCCGCCGCCGGGCAGCGAGCAGACACGAGGUCCGCCGGCCCGACCCGCCCUUCGGUUGAACCGCAUCAUGGUCAGCCUGACCGAGUCCGACGUUGAGAAGCUGUUCUCGGGGGCCCCGCAGUAUUUUGCCCGGUCCGAAGGACACUACACGGGAGCCCCGCAUCCAUCGGUAGCAUUUCCGUGGGACGAGGCGCUGGAGAUCCGGGACCUCACUGACCACACGCAAAUCGAUGACAAGGCCUGGGGCUCUGUCACGGCUUGGCCUCACAUCACCCGGGAUGUCAAGAGUGACCGGUCCGCUGCCCAGAGGGCUUCCGAGGAGAAGCGCCGUGCGCACUUCUAUCCUCGAUGCCGCGAGCGGCCCAAUAUGCUGAGCAUGGCCGGGCUCGAGAAGGGGAGCGUGGGGUACCAGGCAGCCCUCGAGCUGGCCGUGGCCGAUGCUCUUCAGGAGGAGCAGUUCGGCUUUGAGGGUCUCGCUGCCAGGCUGCCUGUAGUUGUCGAACAACGUCAAAAGAUGCUUACCUCAAAAGAUGGUCUGCGGCACGUUGAUGAGACGGUGAUCAUGGAGCAGCUCAUCAAGAACGGGCAGAGGUACACCGAGAGGCAUCUGCGCGAGCGGCGGGUCUCGAGCGAACUCUACAACGAGCUGUUCCUUCAGAUCCUCCAUCCACCCACGAAGGUGCUCGACCACCGAGACCCGUAUAGCCUGUCCGUUCAAAUCCUCGCUCUAGUCAAGGUCCUCGCUGCGCCAAACAUGUGGAUCGACUUUUCACAUGUCGAGUGGCGCAUUCGGCUGGGCCAGCUACUGUGGGAAAAUCCCGUGGAGGAAAACAGCGAGGACGGAUCGUCUAAUAACGUGGGCGAGUUGGCGGCUGACCUCCACGAAGAACGGUACUGGUUGCUCCUGCAGAUCCUGUUAGCUUGCGAACUGCUUGUUAGAUUGGACGCGAUCACGGAAGGGGAGGAAUUGGGGAUGGAGAGCAUUCAGCCUGCCGAGAUCCACAGGUUCGACAAAGAGGCGAACAAGUCCGUCAAGUGGUCGCUCAUCCUAGCCCGAGCGUGGCUCGAGAAUAUCGAAGUCAUCAAGACCGAAGCGACCGAGCAAACAAGCGACGAUAAGCCCUCGGGUUGGUUAGCGAGUAUGACCAAACGUAUGUCGUGGAGUCGCGACACCGCAUCGCAUGGCCAUCACAGCCGUGGCCCUGUCUAUGCAAUCAAGGGGAGGCACGUGCAACGCCAGGUUGAUGGUCUGGCUCACUUUGCCAGGCGGCUUCGUUGGCCCGGCGCAAUCUCCCACGUCUCCAACAUAACGGACAGCUGCCGGUCCGUGGCCGAGGGGACUACGCUCAACACACCGCUGGCCAGCCCGACCACUCGAGCCGGGAGCCGUCGUUCGUCUUACUUUGGCGGCGCGAAGGUGGACACCCAACCCCAUGGCACUCCAUCUCGGCGGAAGAAAAUCUCAGCGGCUCUACAGCCGUCUGGGUGGCUCUCUAAGAGCUACGUCUCGGGGCUAAUACUGCCUGGAGACGGGCUAUGUCAUUUUCUGAUGGCAACUUUGCUAGAAAAUGAUCCGGAAGCUCUGUCGAAGCUGGGCCCCAUGGCUGUUCUUUCCGGUGGUUUCGUCUAUUCCGGCAAGAGUUUCUGGAGCACAGCCUGUAUUGUUGGCCGUGUGCUAGCUGCCGGCAAAGGGGCUGUAGAAUGUAUGGGCUGGAUUUCCAGUGAUAUCACCCCGCAAGGUCUCGGUGAUUGCUGGGUAAACAUUGAAGCAAAAGAAACGCCAGAAGACUCGCUUCAAGUCAACAAAAAGGCCCGAUUAUGGGGCAAAAAGGCAGUUGAAAAAGAGUCGGAUGUACUUGGGAAUGCAGAUCCUCUGUCGGUCCUCCCAGCCGAUUUCAUCGUACCCUCUGAUAACAUCUACCGGGAUAAACCGCCCCCGUUCAUCGAGAUCGAGCUGAAAGCUCUUCGCCUCCGGGCACCAGUCGGCUCUGCUCAUACCACACGAUCCGAGAACCAUGGAACCACUUCCAUAUCAUAUGAUAGCCGGACUCCGCAGAUCAAUGCAUACGCAGCCGAACUCUCCUUUACCGUGACCAAUACCGAUUCUGGGGAGGCAAAGGAGCACACCUAUUCCCUAGCCAAAGAUAUCAACUUCGUCACGGCCCACCCUUGUGUCCCUUCGCAACAUGUAAAGAUAAUGAAGUCACCUUCCAGCCCUACCAUCAAACAUGUCGACCUCUGGGGCAACAGCGCUGCCGGUAAAACUGCUAGCGUUGUCGGCCAUCCCUUACACAAGUACUUUACCUACACAGCUCUUCACCUGUCCGAGCUGAUAACAAAGCAAGACUUCUCGUUGGAAUCCCUGUUGGGCACUUAUUCGUCAGCUCCCUACCGCCCGAGCCUCAACCCCGCCGCGACCAGCAACGCCGCCAAGGUGCUCGUCAUUGAUUGCAUCACGAACUUCCAGCCCCAGCCGCAGGAGCACGAAGUCCCGCUGUCCCCCGUCCUCAGCCGAACAGACAGCAACACAUCCGCCACUAGUCCCUCGCCUGCCCCGUCUGGUCCCGUCUUGGGCGGGACUCAAGGUGGUGAGAGCGGAAGCCUCCCGGGCGCCCUCGAGAGUGCCUCGAAAAAGAUGCACUCGGAGACGCGACGGCGGCGGUUCGGUUCGGACAUGGAAAUCUUUGCUCGGGCCUUCUGUGCGGACAAGGGCUGGAACGCCCUCAUCAGCAGACGGAGGAGGGGAUGUUUAGCGUGUGCGAUACGUGAGGCUGGGGCGCUGGGGUGGAAGGUGGUUAUCCGUGUAGAUUAGGUCACGCGUGUGUUUCAUACUGUCGAUGUCACCGGAGCACGUAGCGAGCCCACAGCAUCCCGUGAGGCUCAUGGUUUUGGGAAUCAUGACUCUGCUCCACUCCGACCCUGAAUGUAAGUAUGGUUGGGAUUUGUUGAUAGUUAGCAGUUCACAAAAGCUGGUCCACGAUAUGCUGCAUACCUAGGUAAGGUAGAGAUACGCAAGAGUCAGUUGCUGGAACGCUACCGUGUUGAAGCAAUUUGGA